GUGAUCUGUCACAUGACAGCAGAUCUGCAGAAAGACAGAAUGGGACUCCGAGCCUGCCUCCUAGGGCUUCUUGCCCUCAUCCUCUCUGGCAAAUGCAAUUACAGCCCGGAGCCUGACCAGCAGAGGACGCCUCCCCCAGGCUGGGUGUCCCUGGGCCGUGCAGACCCUGAGGAAGAGCUGAGUCUCACCUUUGCCCUGAGACAGCAGAACCUGGAGAGACUCUCGGAGCUGGUGCAGGCUGUGUCAGAUCCCAGCUCUCCUCACUACGGAAAAUACCUAACCUUAGAGGAUGUAGCUGAACUGGUCCGGCCAUCACCACUGACCCUUCUUACAGUCCAAAAAUGGCUCUUGGCAGCUGGAGCCCAGAACUGCCACUCAGUGACCACACAGGACUUUCUGACUUGCCGGCUGAGUGUCCGACAGGCAGAGCUGCUACUCUCUGGCACUGAGUUUCAUCACUAUGUGGGAAGACCUGCAAAGACCCAUCUUAUAAGGUCCCCACAUCCCUACCAGCUCCCACAGGCCUUGGCCCCGCAUGUGGACUUUGUGGGGGGACUGCACCGUUUCCCCCCCAGGUCAUUCCUGAAGCAACGCCCUGGGCCACAGGUGGCAGGGGCUAUUGGCCUGCAUCUGGGGGUGACCCCAUCUGUGAUCCGUAAGCGAUACAACUUAACAGCAAGUGAUGUGGGCUCUGGUACCAGCAAUAACAGCCAGGCCUGUGCCCAGUUCCUGGAGCAGUAUUUUCAUGAAUCAGAUCUGGUCAAGUUCAUGCACCUCUUUGGUGGCAAAUUUGCACACCAGGCAUCAGUAACCCGCGUGGUUGGACAGCAGGGCCGGGGCAGGGCUGGAAUUGAGGCCAGUCUAGAUGUGCAGUAUCUGAUGAGUGCUGGCGCCAACAUCUCCACCUGGGUCUACAGUAGCCCUGGUCGGCAUGAGGGACAGGAGCCCUUCCUACAGUGGCUCCUGCUACUCAGUAAUGAGUCAGCACUGCCAAAUGUGCACACUGUGAGCUACGGGGAUGAUGAGGACUCCCUCAGCAAUGCCUACCUCCAGCGGGUCAACACUGAAUUUAUGAAGGCUGCUGCUCGGGGUCUCACCCUGCUCUUCGCCUCAGGUGACAGCGGGGCUGGUUGUUGGUCUGUCUCUGGAAGACACCAGUUCCGUCCUAGCUUUCCUGCCUCCAGCCCCUAUGUUACCACAGUGGGAGGGACAUGCUUCCAGAAUCCUUUCCUUAUCACAAAUGAGAUUGUUGAUUAUAUCAGUGGUGGUGGCUUCAGCAAUGUGUUUCCAAGGCCUUCAUACCAGGAGGAAGCUGUAGCCCAGUUCCUGAGCUCUAGUCCCCACCUUCCACCAUCCAGUUACUUCAAUGCCAGUGGCCGUGCCUACCCAGACGUGGCUGCACUUUCUGAUGGCUACUGGGUGGUCAGCAACAGUGUGCCCAUUCCAUGGGUGUCUGGAACCUCGGCCUCUACUCCAGUGUUUGGGGGGCUCUUAUCCUUGAUAAACGAGCACCGAAUCCUCAGUGGCCGCCCCCCUCUUGGCUUCCUCAAUCCAAGGCUCUACCAACAGCGUGGGGCAGGACUCUUUGACGUAACCCAUGGCUGCCAUGAGUCCUGUCUGAAUGAAGAAGUGGAGGGUCAAGGUUUCUGCUCUGGUGCUGGCUGGGAUCCUGUGACAGGUUGGGGAACACCUAACUUCCCAGCUUUGCUGAAGACACUACUCAACCCUUGACCCUUUCCUGGCAGGAGAGCCUGUCCCCUCUUCUACAGAUGGAGAUUCAAUCCCUUAUUUUGACCUGUUGCAAGCCCUGCUGAACCCUCAACUGUUGACUUCUGCAGAUAGCUUAUCUCCUAGACCCUGAAAUGCUGUAAGCUUGACUCCCAACCCUACCAUGCUCCAUCACUCAGGUUUCCCCAUUUCUGCUUCAGGUUUCUCAACAAGAUGCUAUAACUAGCAUUUUUGGACUGCAUCUUCAUCCCAUAUCACCUUCCUCUUUUCCACCGAGCUUUUACAAAGGGUUCCCUACACUGACAGUGUGCACUAUUUCACUUUGUGUUCACUCCUGAAUUCGCUAAAAUAAGACUCAUGCUCUCCUACCUUGGAAAUAGUAACACCAAGAAACAGUGGCCUCCACACACACUUCUAAAUCUUUUGCUUUAUGGCCUUUCCAUCAUAGUUGUUUAUCCCCUCUUCUUCCUUAGCUUCCAAGACUUAAUUUCUCUGACUACUCCUCUUUCCUCCUUCAUAGACUUCUCUUUCUCUGCAUCCUCGUUGAGUAUUGGUAUUCUUCAUUGCUACAUCCUUAGUUUUUUCCUCUUCUCACAAUACUCACUAUUCCCUGGAACACAUUACUGGCAUCCGCAACCAUCAUCACCUCCCAAAAUCAGACUUUCUAUCCAGUAAUGAUUGAUACUUCAAAUGUAAGAUGUGUGAUACUCAAUAUUUUAUCUUUCUCCUUCCUAACCCCAAGCUAUUCCAUCUCUUCUUUUUUCUCGGUAAAUGAUACUAUGCUUCUUCCAACCAAGCCAAAAACUUGUGUCAUUCUUGAUUCCCAUUUAUCUUUUUCAAUCCAUAAGUCCUUCAAUUAUAUUUCCUUAAUAUAGUUAAAACUUAUCCACUGCUCUCCGUCCUCACUGCUACAACAUUCGUUUUAAGCCGUACUCCCUCUCCUCUGAAUUAUAGGAGACCCUUGCAGUGUUCUUACUUUUACCAGUCCCUAACCCAUCUUUCAGAGCAAAAUACAAAUCCCAUCAGGCAUUUACUGGAUUAAAACUUGUCCAAGAUUACUAGAUAAGGAUCAGGUCAUUUUUUGUUUAGUCAUGGAUCAUCUUCCAUGAUAUUUAUUCCUGAGUAAAUAAUCAUUUUUCCUCUUCCCUCUCCAACACCCAAGGAACUCUCACCCUUGUGGUCUACUUAACACCACUGGUAGAAUUGCCUGGUUGAUUUCCAGGAUUCUUUCAAUACUCCGCUCAGAAUUCAUUUUCUCUUAUGAACAUUUUGAUUCCCUGAGGUUGAUUUACGGAUGUGGCAGAAAAGUCCUAGAUUUUUGAAAGCAAACCUGUUUGAAUCUUGGUUCUAAUAUAGACUAGGAGAAAGCGUUGGGCAAGUAAAGUUUCUCUCUCUGAGCCUGUUCCUAUCUGUUUAGUGGAAAUUUUAGUAUUUGCCUUUCAUAAUUAUCAGGGAAUAAUUAACUGGAAUAAUGUUGGUAGAGUGCCUCGCACUUGGAAUUAGGCAGAUGUUAGUUCCCUUACUCCCUUGCACCUCACACUCCUGUGCCUACCUCUAGCAUUGUAACAACCAUGUAGUAUUAAAAUUGCCAGUCUAGUUGUUUGCCUCUCUUUUACAAGACCGUCGGUGCCUACAUUGUUCUACUUAACUUUGUAUUCCCAGGCCCUAGCCCGAGUUGGCAAAUAAGAAUUAAAUAAACGUCUGAGUGAAAAUCCU